CAUCACAUUCCAUCCCCGAACACCUUCUAUCCGCUGCAUUAAUCAUCUUCUUCUUCUUUCGUUCUUCCUGCUUAGCGACCACAGAGGGAGAGUCCCCCGGAGUCCCUUCGUCAAGUGUACUUAAUUUCUUCACCAAAAUAAUCGAGGACUCUUUGAGCAGAGAUGGAGUUCACAGUGGAGGCAGUGGAAAGUUUUCUUGGCUCGACCCAACCUGGGAAAGAAAAUGAGUUCUGGAUCACAUACGACGGGCACAUCGGGUCUGGAUACGGGAUACCCGAGCAACCCGUAGCAAUCAAGAAAUCGCGUCCCAAGGAUUCUGAAUGCCUAGAAUUAAGAUCUCAGUUUGAGAACGAACUUAAGCUGAAGUCGAUCAACCACACUAACAUUGUCAAGCUGGUUGGCUAUGCCGAAUCGGAUGCCCACUUUUACCUUGUCUACGAGAAGAUUCAAGGGUAAACUCUUGAACAAAUGAUUGAAGAUCAAAUCUCUUGGGAAGGGGCAAUAAAGAUUUUGGAUGGGAUAGCAUCUGCGAUUAGGUACCUGCAGGAGCACCCCAAUGGCCCUUGGGUACACUGUGGCCUAUGCCUAAGCAACAUCGUUGUCAACGAGAAUGGGAGUCCGAAGUUGCUAGAAUUUCGAUAUUGUGUUGCUUUGGGCGAGAGAAAGAUCGGAGGCUACGAAGGAUUCAAGCAUCCAGAGGAAAAGGGGCUAGCUUCUUUGGAAACAGACGUGUUCUCGUUCGGAGUGCUCGGCAUGCUUUUGCUCACGAAAGAUUCUAAAACGGCUUUUGUGAAUAAGGAUGGAGUGCAAGAGCCUUUUACCAAUCUCUAUCUCGUGUUGCUUUCUCUUUUUUUCGGGGAGUAAAUACAAGAAAAAUUAUACUCUCUCCGUUCUAUAACUUAAUUUCCAGUUACUAUUGACACGGUCAAAGUAGAAUCGUACUUAAGCAGUAGAUCAAAGGAAUUAUCUUAUCUUCAUGGAGGAGCUAAGUAUUUAUAUUUUAUCGGGUAAUAACUUCUUGGCAGUGAUGAGAACAUAUUUCAAUUUUGUUAUUUGAAAUUUGAGGAGCUAAAUAUUUAACUGAAAG